UAUCAUGUGGGGUCCACUUAGCGUGGGCGUCCCCGCUAAGUGGCGAGGCGCAUGACACGAGCUGGGAAGAUAGUGCAUACUUAUUCGUUCGGUCGGUCUCAUCUCUAACGAUGCUUAGUUGUGAGUCAUAAAGGCUAUUUCAGGUCAGAAGCGUUUAGGCAGUAAGUUUGUGCGCGUGAGUUUAACACUAGGCGACGCCCGCGCCGGCCGCUCAGUCGCAAGCAGAAACCGCGACGCCGCGCAGCCCGCACAGUGCAACCGCUAUACACCGGCUAUCAAUACAAACAAACUACAUAGCUACCCGGUAAAGCAAAGCAGUGAAAACUUUGAAGAGAAGUUAAAUAGCAGGUCCCCGUAAUGGGGCAUAACAUUUAUAUAGGGUGCACUUUAGCGUUGGUGCUAUGUGUGCACAUAUCCGCCGUACCCUACGCAGACGAGAAUGAGUUCCUGCGCAGCGCGGUGGAAACGAUCCCGCCGCACCACCACUUAGCAACCCCCGUGCGGGCUUCUGUUGAGAGCAUACCCCCGAGGAAUCUUCGCGAUGAAGGAGACGAGAGGUUGCCGCUGCGUGAUGCGGUGGAAAAGAGACCCAUAAACACUCCCGACAGAGAGUCGCUGUACAGAUUUAUAGAGGAUGCGGAAAAUCUUGGGGAAGAUAUUCCCGGCCUUAGAAAAUACUACGGAGCUGCUACGUAUCUCAAUAGUGGCAACAGAAAUGACGAAAGAUUACAGCAAGGAAAUGCGAAUUUGCAAGAGAUGCAACAAACAGCCUCAGGGCCGGCUGGUCGCAAGCUCGUGGUCUGCUACAUGGAGUCCUGGGCCGCCUACCGAGCGCCGCCGCUCGCCUUCACCGCCGGCCUCGUGCCCAAGUCCUGCACGCAUCUGCACUACGCCUUCGCGACGCUGCAUCCCCAUACGUACACUGUGCUGCCUACUAAUGAGGACUAUGAUAUUAUUAAAGGUGGCUACCGUAUCGCCACGGGUCUGAAACGACGCGUGCCGGGUCUGAAAGUGCUCAUCAGUGUGGGAGGCAUCGGCACCGGCCGGCUGUUCAGUGAAAUGGUCAAGACCCCUACGAGGAGAAAGGCUUUCGUCGAUAGCGCCAUUGACUUCCUGAGAGAACAUGACUUUGAUGGGCUUGACUUGCAUUGGAAAUAUCCCGGUGAAAAGGAUGAAAACGAAAAGGAUCACUUGACGUCUCUACUUUACGAGCUGAGAGAGAAGUUCUCAUCAUACGGCCUACUGUUAUCUACAGUGCUGCCACCAUUCAGGUACCAAAUAGAAGACGGCUACGACAUAAGCGCGGUGAGCGGCGCCACGGACUACGCCAUCCUGCAGGGGUGGGACAUGACCCACCGCAACCGCGACGAGGCGCCCACCCGCGCCCACCAGCACAGCCCGCUGCACCGCGACCCCGGCGCCGACUACCGCGACCAGAAGUAUGAUAACAUUGAGUUCAUGGUCCGCCUGAUAAUCCGGCGCGGAAUGGCGGCAGAGAAGCUGAUCCUGGGAGUGCCGCUAUUCGGCAGGAGUUAUACUCUCUCCCCGGACACCGCGCCGGCGCCGGGAGCUUCCGUUAGCGGGUGGGGGGAUGAAGGGAAAUAUACGCAGACUAAAGGGUUGCUGGCUUUCUUUGAGAUAUGUAUGAUGCUCCAAGACGGCAAAGGAUCGAGUAGCAUAGAUGAAGACGGCAAUGCGUACGCGGUAUUUGGUGAUCAGUGGGUCAGCUAUGACUCUCCCAUCACAGUCGUAGAAAAGAUGAAAUUCGUAAUAAGCUCAGGCUUGGGUGGCGCAGCAGCGUACGCCAUCGACAUGGAUGAUUUCAGAGGACUCUGCGGGUCUCCCUUCUCGAUACUUAGUGCCAUCUCUAUCAGCUUAAAUGGAGAAGCAGUACAAUCAGAUCAAUCCUCGCUCAAGAUUGGUUCGUGCGAAGCAGACGGAGCAUAUUUGUCUUCAGACGAAGUGUCCUGCGCUCACUUCCACUUCUGUACCGGAGGGACCAACUAUAAGCUGGUGUGUGAAGACGAAAGACUCUAUGAUCCUUCCACUGGCUUCUGCGGACAUCAAGAUGUGGCUAAAUGUAUACCAGGACAAAGCCUACGAAUAAGUGUGGAUGAUGCUACUAGAUAUUUGACACAAGCAUACGAUUCAGACUUUGAGUGGAAUGGGCAGACGAUUAAGGAAAUAAUGAUGAACAAUGAACCAGGACGUCUUAAAGAUGAAUAUGGGGAGCUAGAUACGAAGAAAAGUCGAGACAACGACAAACGGUUAGUUUGUUACAUGACUAGUUGGUCAUUCUACAGAAGAGGAGAUGGUAAAUUUGUACCUGAGCACAUUGAUAGUAGAUUAUGUACCCACAUCGUGUAUGCCUACGCUACUUUGACUCCUGACGAGCUCGUCGCGAAGGAAUUUGACCCAUGGACCGAUAUUACCAAUAAUUUAUAUGAGCGAGUAACAUCCCAAAAGGAUGUCAAAGUACUGUUAGGUUUGGGCGGUUGGACUGACUCCGCUGGAGACAAAUACUCUCGUUUGGUAUCUUCGAGAGCUAACAGGUCCAAAUUUAUCCAGAGAGCCAUAGCAUUCCUGAGGAAUAACAACUUCAAAGGACUCCAUCUUGACUGGAACUACCCAGUUUGCUGGCAGAGUAAUUGCAAAAAGGGAGCCGUUUCCGAUAAGGCUAACUUUGCUAAGUUUGUUCAGGAACUUUCAAAGGCUCUACAUAAUGCUAACAUGGAAUUGGGUGUCUCACUGUCAGGAUACAAAGAAGUGAUUGAUGCAGCGUAUGAUUUGCCAGCUAUAUCAGACGCAGCUGAUUUCUUGAGUACGAUGACGUAUGACUACCAUGGCGGUUGGGAACGCACCACAGCCCAUCACACUCCACUGACAUCUUCAGCACGGGAUCCUCUGGGAUAUUAUUCAAUUGAAUACGCGAUCAAAUCGCUCAUCAGUGGAGGAGCUGACCCAAAGAAGAUACUUUUAGGGUUAUCUUUUUACGGUCAAUCAUACCGCCUGGCUGACUCUCAGGGAUCUAAGGGCGUCGGCGCGGCGGCGGCUGGCCCGGGUGAACCUGGAGAGUUCACGAAACAACCGGGAAUGCUUGCUUAUUACGAGAUCUGUUACCGAGUGAAAAAUCUACGUUGGAAGACUGAUCGUCAGGACAAAGCUGGACCUUUCGCUUAUUCCGACAGCCAAUGGGUCGGUUAUGACGACCCACAAUCCAUCAAAGAAAAGGUGGAAUGGGCGUUACGUCAAGGCCUAGGCGGAGUGACAGCGUGGGCGAUGGACUUGGAUGACUUCAACAACCGUUGUUGCAACGAGCCGUCGCCUCUGCUCCGGGCCGCUGGCAGGGCUCUGGGGAAGUCCGUGCCGCCGCCGCCGACGUCCGCGUGCGAGCGACCGCCCCCGCCCGUGACCCCCGCGCCGCCCACCACUACCACUGUUGCUGCUGAUGGUUCAAUGGGCGGUGCCGCGCCGGGCCACGACCACGGUAGUCACGGCAGCCACGGCGACCACACCUCGACCACGUGGCCGAGCUGGAACCCCGAGCCCAGCACCAGCACCACGCCCAGCACCGCCAUGACCUGGUGGCCUCAGGCCAGUACCACCACCACCACGACUACUAAGAGACCGACUACCACUACAACAACCACGACGACUACUCGAAGACCUACCACCACGCGGAAGCCUACUACUUCUGCUGAUACUGGCAUAGAAGGUUCAUCAUGCCGCGCCGGAGAAUACAAAGCGGCGCCUGGUGACUGCGAGUCCUAUCUCCAAUGCGAGGGCGGACAGUGGAGGAAGAGCCGGUGCGCGCCCGGCCUGCACUGGUCCGCCAAGGAAACCCGCUGCGACUGGCCCAGCUUCGCUAAAUGCUCUGAGAGUUCGACUAGUCAAUCAAGUCCAGCAACUAGCACGCUAGCCCCGAUGACGUCACGGCCUCCUCCCCCGUCCACCACAACCAGGAAACCUACCACUACAACUACCACCACCACUACUACUACCACGAGAAGGCCUUUCACUACUACCACCACAACGGAAUCUGCUGCUGUUGGUUCUGAUGGAGCGGCAGAAGGCGAACCCUGCAGCGGUCAAGGUCAAGACUACAUCGGAGUAGCCAACGACUGCAACGCCUACCUACACUGCGACGGCACUUGGAAGAUGCAGAAAUGCGCCCCCGGCCUUCAUUGGAGCCAAGCUCAGAAGCACUGUGAUUGGCCCAAAUACGCCAAAUGUGAGGGUUCUGAGGCCACUAGCCCCAAGCCUAUUCGGCCGCAGAGACCUUCCAGACCUACUACUAGCCCUUCCAACAAGCCAGUAGAAGACGGUGUUUGCCAAUCAAGCGACUCACACGCAUCUUCGAACGCCUGUGACUCUUACUUGCUUUGCGUCAGCGGCCGGUGGAAGAAACAGAACUGCCCUCCCGGCCUGCACUGGGACGAUAGGAGCAAGCGAUGCGACUGGGUCGAGUUCGCUAUGUGUGAUAUGAAAACAAAUCCGACUAAAACACCUCUGACAACGAGACGUCCGUCUAUGAGACCAACGACGUCUACCAGAAAGCCUGCAGUGCAAGCCGAUAACCCCAUGAAACCUGGCAUGAGUUGCCGCACAGGCAGUUACCACGCGCACCCUCGCUGCGACAAAUUCCUCGUGUGCGUGAACGGAAUGCUGGUGGCCCAGAGCUGUGCCCCAGGCCUGGUAUGGAACACCAAGGUUGCCCAAUGUGACUUCCCCAGCUCCACCUCUUGUUCCGACAAGAGACUCACCGGAGGCAGCCCUGGCACCAUGGAGCAACUUACAAUGUGCGACACCGGUUCAUACGCACCUUUUCCUGGAGAAUGUACAAGAUACAGACACUGUUUGUAUGGAAAAUAUCAAGAGUUCUCUUGCAGUGCCGGUCUUCAUUGGAAUCAGGAAAAGCAAAUCUGUGACUGGCCUAAGAAUGCCAAGUGUAGAAAGAGGGGCAACACGAAGCCAUCAUCAGUGAAUCAAAUAUUAAGCCCGCCGUUGAAGCCACAACACGUGCACGAAACCAAACCGGCCGUUGUCAAACCUAUAGCCACUACCACGUCCACCACUACCGCUCCAUUUGAAGAUGAAUAUCACAACAGUUUAUUAAAAUCUCCGUACAAACUGGUGUGUUACUACACGAACUGGGCGUGGUACCGUCCGGGUCUGGGCCAGUAUGGGCCCGAGGACAUAGAUCCUUCGUUGUGUACUCACAUCGUGUACGGGUUCGCAGUUCUAGGGGACGAUGGGCUCAUCACCGCUCACGACCCUUGGGCCGAUAAUGAUAAUCGAUUCUACGAACGUGUUGUUGAAUACAAAAGAUACGGCAUCAAAGUAUCACUUGCAUUAGGAGGCUGGAACGAUUCAGCUGGAGACAAAUACUCCAAGCUGGUAAACAAUCCGGAAGCUAGGGAGAAGUUUGUCACUCACGCUCUCGAUUUCAUACAACAAUAUGGAUUUGAUGGGUUGGAUCUCGAUUGGGAAUACCCCAAGUGUUGGCAGGUUGACUGCUCUAAAGGCCCAGAUUCAGACAAGGAGGGUUUUGCGUCAUUAGUGCGAGAAUUGUCAGCCGUAUUCAAACCUAAAGGACUUCUGCUAUCUUCGGCGGUUUCACCGAACAAGAAAGUGAUCGAUGCUGGGUACGAUGUGCCAGUACUAGCUAAACACUUGGAUUGGAUCGCCGUGAUGACCUACGACUUCCAUGGCCAAUGGGACAAGAAGACUGGCCACGUCGCUCCACUUUAUUAUCAUCCUGAUGAUGACACCACUUACUUUAAUGCCAACUACUCCAUGAAUUACUGGAUGCUGAAGGGAGCUCCAGCAUCUAAAUUGAUAAUGGGCAUGCCUAUGUAUGGUCAAACAUUUACGCUCGAUACUAAAGGGAGAAGAAAUGCUACCGGAUUGAAUGUACCAGCAAUUUCUGGUGGUGAAAUGGGUGAAUAUACUCGAGCUAAAGGAUUCCUUGCUUAUUAUGAGAUUUGCGAACGCAUUAAGGAUAAAGGUUGGAUGGUUCAAAAAGAUCCGUUAGGACGCAUGGGACCGUAUGCUUAUAAGGGCGACCAGUGGGUAUCAUACGAUGACAUGGAUAUUCUGAAAUCAAAGGUUAACUUAAUCAAGACAAUGGAACUAGGCGGAGGCAUGGUUUGGGCACUUGAUUUGGAUGACUUUAGAAAUAGAUGCGGACAAGGCAAGCACCCGCUGCUAAACACAAUAAAGCAGGGAUUACUGGACCCUAAAAUAUACAAAGAAACCAUAAUCAUGUCCAAACCAAUCAACAACUUUUUGAACGAUGACCUAGAAGACAUUGAAGUAAUACCGAGCUACACCAAGAAAACAACGACCACGCCGCGGCCAGAAGCCACCACGCAAUUAGCCCCGAUGCAUACCACUAGGAAACCUGUAAAACCAGCUACUGCUGCUACUGAAGAAAGAUACAAAGUAGUGUGCUAUUACACUAACUGGGCUUGGUACAGACCUGACUCAGGAAAGUACAGUCCGAGCGACAUAGAUCCCUCAUUAUGUACGCACAUCGUUUACGCCUUCGCAGUGCUGGAUAGCAGUAAAUUAAUAAUCAAGCCACAUGAUGUCUUCUUGGAUGUUGAAAACAAAUUCUACGAAAAAGUGGUGGCACUGAAGCGUCAUGGUGUAAAAGUGCUGCUAGGACUUGGUGGUUGGAACGACUCGGCCGGGGACAAAUACUCGAGGCUAGUGAACAGCCCUUCGGCUAGGAGGACCUUCAUUGUGCACGCUCUUGACUUUAUUGAACAGUUUGAGUUUGACGGACUUGACCUCGACUGGGAAUAUCCUAAAUGCUGGCAGGUUGAAUGUGAAAAUGGCCCAAGUUCUGACAAGCAAGGCUUUGCAAGCUUGGUGAAAGAACUUAAAUCUGCUUUCACACCCCGAGGACUCCUACUUUCCGCUGCCGUGUCUCCCAGCAAACGAGUUAUUGACGAAGGAUACGACGUUCCAGUACUUUCCAAAAACUUGGACUGGAUUGCGGUUAUGGCAUACGAUUACCAUGGUCAGUGGGAUAAGAAGACUGGCCACGUGUCUCCUAUGUACGUCAGCGAUAAGGACGAACACAAAACCUUCAAUGUGAACUUCACGAUGCACUACUACAUGCAGAAGGGCGCGUCGCGUCGCAAGCUGAUCAUGGGGGUGCCCAUGUACGGACAGUCGUUCUCUCUGGUGGAGCACGCGGGCGCCGGGCUCGGCGCGCCGGCGUACGCGGGCGGGGAGGCGGGGGACGAGACCCGGGCCAGAGGGUUCUUGGCUUUCUAUGAGAUUUGCGAGCGCAUCAGAAGCCGUGGAUGGAAAGUGACGCGCGACCCCGGCGGCCGCAUGGGCCCGUACGCGACACUGGACGACCAGUGGGUGUCCUUCGACGACGACUCGAUGAUCCGACACAAGGCUGAAUACAUCCGGGAAAUGGGACUGGGCGGCAGCAUGAUCUGGUCACUAGACCUGGACGACUUCACGGGGAAAUACUGCGGAUGCGGCAAGGCACCGCUGCUGCAGAAUAUCAACCAUGUGCUGAGAGGAAAGGAGGCGCCACCGCAUUGCUCGCUUAAAGAAAUUGAGGUACCUGAGUCGGAGCAGUCGUCGAUGGGCGUCCCGGCGAGCCGGCCCGAGAGCUCCACCGAGCGCGACGAGCCGGAGCCCGAGCCCGCGCUCCCCGCCGUCGAGGAGGUGCCAGACGUACCCGACACUGAAGAAAACGAAUUAUCACUAGACGGCAAACAAUGCUCAGGGAUCAGGUUUGCUGCUGAUGCCACCCAGUGUAAUAAAUACUACCUGUGUAUGGCCGGCCAUUACGUGGAGCUAACUUGCCCAGAAGGAAUGUAUUGGAACAAGAACCAUUGCGAUUUGCCAUCAAACUCAAACUGCAGAAGUAGAGCCCAACUCAGACUCUCUAAUGAAGAGAAUGCGGAAGAAAUUGUAGAGAAACCAAUUAUUGCUUGCUACUUCACAAAUUGGGCUUAUUACAGGGAAGGCAGUGGCAGGUAUGGUCCCGAGCAAGUGGACGCCACACUGUGUACCCACAUCAUCUACACCUGGGCUCAUCUAGACUUUAACUCCAGUGAAGUUAUCCCAGGAAACCCUGAACUGGAUUUAGAAAACGACUUCUACGGCAAAAUCACUGAACAACGCUUAGCAGGCGUUAAAGUCAUUAUUGGCGUGGGAGGCCUAGAGGACUCGGAAGACAAUGAGUGGAGCAUGCUGGCGCAGAUGCCGGAGAAACGGAAAAUGUUCGUCGAGUCAGUCAUCAGAUUCCUGAAACGAUGGAACUUUGACGGCAUGCAAUUGGCAUGGCAGUAUCCAGUUUGUAAACAGGUGCCAUGUGAGACCGUGGAUUUAGAGGACAGGGAUAACUUCAACAUGCUGCUAGUCGAACUUGCCAAGUCGAUGCGUCCACUCGGCUACGAAUUAUCAGCAAUGGUAGCUGCGUCUCCGGAAAUAGCUGCGUUAGCGUAUGACACGGAAAUACUGAUGGCGUCAGUCGACUGGGUGGCGGUGGCGGCUAAUGAUUACUACGCUUCUAAAACGGGAAGAACUUCGUAUCUGGUAUCGCUGGAGUCGAGGGAGGAUAGCAGUGUAAAAAGCUUUAACUCAACCCUAGCCUACUGGCUGAGCGUCAUGCCUCGUCGCCAACUAGUAGUAGGCGUGCCUGCCUACGCUCGCAGCUACACUCUGAGACGCCCCUCGGCGGGUGCCGCGCCGGGCGACGUGGCCAGCGGGCCGGGGCAGCCGGGGCCGUAUACUGAUGUGCCCGGGUUCCUCGCUUAUAGUGAGAUCUGCACCAACAUCAAGUCACACAAAUGGACGGAAACCCGCACCGCCGACGGCACGUACGCUCAGUCAUCGUCACAGUGGGCUUCUUACCUUCGUCCAGAGGAAGUGUCCCGUAUCGCCGAGUCCCUCCACGCGGCGAGGGCCCGGGGCGCCGCGCUGUGGGCGCUGGACCUCGACGACUGGCGCGGCCACUGCUCGUGCCGCUCGCACCCGCUGCUCCGCGCCCUCAGGCGGGGGCUGCUGCAGAUAGACACGGAAAUGUGCUGAUAGUCGGAUGCGAGUGUUUGUGAUUGUACUGACAAUCUGACGGAAAAAUCUGCGGACGGAAUAAGACAUUGUAAUUGGUAACUGGAAUAAAAGCCAAAUGAUUUAUAGUUUAUACUAACAGCUGUAGGUAGGUACUUUAUCACUCAAAAAGCAAACUGACUAUUAAUUGUGUCUACCUUUAUUUUUUUACCUUUUGUCUUUGUGUUUGCGUUUGAAAUUUCGUCUAGGCGCAAGAUCCGCAGAUAUUUUCGCCAGAUUUCUUCUACCUAUAGGUUUCAAGUUCAAUGUGUUGGGCUUGUUUGUGACUGUUGAUUUUAAUGAGGUGAUACUCAACUUAAAGAUAAGUAAUUAUAGAUACUUAGGUUUAUAUCGAACAGUGAACUGAUGCAUUUGUAAAAACAUUAGAAUAGUUAUAACGAUAAUAAAAUAUGUACUUAAGUACUUUAAA